AUGACAGAAAAGACAACAAUGACAACACAAUACUUAUCAGAGAUUAAUAUAAAUAUAUAUACACCAUCAAAGAGAUUGGGAUUAAUGCAUCAUAGGAGUAACUGUAACAUCAAUGCAGGUACGAGUAUGCAAGAUGUAGAUGUAUAUAGUAAUAAAUCAAAUGCAAAAGAGGAAGAGAUGUAUGACGAUGAGAAUGACCCCAAGACACAGUUUGCAAGAAAUCUAGUGACACCUGGUACGACGAUAUCAAAGGAGGGUGAGUAUCUAAAGGGUCAUGGAACAUUCCAUCACCAAGGAUCGUUGAUUGCAAGUGUGUCGGGUGUUGUUGACAAGGUGGACAAGUUGGUAUCGGUGCGUGCAUUCCAUUCAAGAUAUCAAGGAGAGAUUGGUGAUAUUAUAGUGGGACGUAUUACACAGGUGGCUGCCAAACGUUGGAAGGUCGAUUGUAACGCUCGUCAAGACUAUAUACUCAUGUUGACUGCUAUCAAUCUGCCAGGUGGUAUUCAACGUCGUCGUACUUCGAGUGAUGAACUGCAGAUGCGUAACUUUUUCGUCGAGAAUGAUUUGAUCUAUGCAGAGGUGCAAGCAAUCAAUGGAGACGGAUCUGUGGCCUUGCACACUCGUAAUCAACGUUAUGGCAAGUUGAUGAAUGGUGUGUUGGUCAGUGUGCCACCCGCACUCAUCAAACGAUCAAAGCAACACGCUCACACACUCGAUUGUGGUGUCGACAUUAUUCUAGGUGUCAAUGGAUACAUUUGGAUUGCAGAUUCUGCCCAACAACAAGCCCAAACACAACUCAUCCAACGUCACGAAAAAGACAGCUACGAUCAACCACUCUUUGUGCCACCUCAAGUCAAACAAGUGUCACGUGAAAGCAGACAAAAGAUUGCUCGUGUUCGCAAUGCCAUCCAUAUCCUUCAUACACACUACAUGCUCAUUCACACACGUAGCAUCAUGGAGAUUUACAACAUGACGCUCAAUAUGCCUCUCACCGAUAUGUUGACUCCCAACAAGGCUCGACAAAUCAUCACUGCUGUACAUACAAAUAUUCAAGAAAGAAUGGGUUUUAAAGAUGAUAAUGAAGAAAAUGAUACAGAUAUGAUUAGUCAAUUUAAUCAUGACACAGAAAUGAAUGAUUAA